AUGCCCAGGGUGUUUUUGGACACUUCUCAGCAGUUGCUAAAGGAGGGGAGAGAGUCACAGAAGCUGGUACUUGUGGUGGUAUUUGUUGCUCUGCUUCUGGACAACAUGCUGCUUACUGUAGUGGUGCCCAUUAUACCCAACUUCCUGUAUGCCACAGAAUUCAAAGAAAUCAACACUCCUCUCUACCUUGGUUCCACCACAAUUUCUCAACAUGUCCUUACUUCUCCUAUAUUCUCCACCAUCUUCUCCUUCUUUGAUAACAACACCGUGGCUAUCGAAGAAAGUGCACCCAAUGGCACAGCAUGGACAGAUGACAAUACUGGCGCCAUCCCCCCUCCAGUCACUGGAGCCAUCCCAGCACAACAAAACAACUGCUUGCAAGGCACAGAGUUUCUGGAGAAAGAGAACAUACGGGUUGGGGUUCUGUUUGCUUCAAAGGCUAUGAUGCAACUUCUGGUCAACCCAUUUGUGGGGCCUCUCACCAACAGGAUUGGAUAUCACAUCCCCAUGUUUGCUGGCUUUGUUAUCCUGUUUCUCUCCACAGUUAUGUUUGCUUUUUCUGGUACCUAUACCCUACUGUUUGUGGCCCGAACCCUUCAAGGCAUUGGAUCUUCAUUUUCAUCUGUUGCAGGUCUUGGGAUGCUGGCAAGUGUCUAUACUGAUGACUAUGAGAGAGGGCGUGCCAUGGGAAUUGCCUUGGGGGGUCUGGCUUUGGGAGUGCUGGUGGGAGCUCCUUUUGGAAGUGUGAUGUAUUCGUUUGUUGGGCAGUCUUCACCUUUCCUCAUAUUGGCCUUCCUGGCACUACUGGAUGGAGCACUCCAGCUGUGUAUCCUACAGCCUUCCAAAUUCUCUCCUGAGAGUGCCAGGGGGACUCCUCUCCUUACACUUCUCAAAGACCCUUAUAUCCUGGUGGCUGCAGGCUCCCUCUGCUUUGCUAACAUGGGAGUGGCUAUGCUGGAGCCCACACUGCCCAUCUGGAUGAUGCAGACCAUGUGCUCACCUGAAUGGCAGUUAGGUCUUGCUUUCUUGCCUGCCAGUGUGUCCUACCUCAUUGGCACCAACCUCUUUGGUGUGUUGGCCAACAAGAUGGGUCGGUGGCUGUGCUCCCUGAUUGGGAUGAUUGUAGUAGGCACCAGCUUGCUUUGUGUUCCUCUGGCUCACAAUAUUUUUGGUCUCAUUGGCCCCAAUGCAGGGCUUGGCUUUUCCAUAGGCAUGGUUGAUUCCUCUAUGAUGCCCAUCAUGGGACACUUGGUGGACCUGCGUCAUACCUCGGUGUAUGGGAGUGUCUAUGCCAUAGCUGAUGUGGCUUUCUGUAUGGGCUUUGCCAUAGGCCCAUCCACUGGGGGUGCCAUUGUGCAUGCCAUUGGCUUCCCCUGGCUUAUGGUCAUUAUUGGGGUCAUCAACAUCAUCUAUGCUCCUCUCUGCUACUACCUGAGAAGCCCCCCAGCCAAGGAGGAAAAUCUUGCAAUUCUGAGCCAGGACUAUGCCAUGGAGACUUGGAUAUGUGCAACUCAGAAGCCCACAAGGGAAUUUCCUCUGGGGGAGGACAGCGAUGAGGAGGCUGGCAGUGAAGAGUAG